GUUACCAUCAGAUUCACGAUAUUCUUCCUUCACCCGCAUACAUAGACGAUAGAGGUGAAUAGAUAUGUCUGAAUCUCAAAAAGAUAAAGAUGUCAACCAAAAGCCAAAGAUCAGCACUAGAUGGUUUUAUGCAUUUGAAGAUGGCUGGCAAGCAUUUAAUGAUGACGAUGAUGGAAGAUUGGAAGAACGUUGGCAAACACUAGAAAAGGAACAAUUCUUCGAUAAAGUUAAAGCUAAAAAGGAAAAGCAAAAAGCAAAAGAAGAAGCAGAGGAAGAAAAGGAAAAAGAUAAACAAGAACAGGAUGAUGAACCUGCAACAGAUCAACAGCAAAAAAUCAAUACUUGGCCACCUUCUGGUGUAGAUCAAAUUCGAGCAGCUUUGUUCGGAUCGAGUAUAUUGAAUGGAAAAGCGGAAAAAAAACAAAAGACAAAAAAGCAAGCUGGAGAAUUGAGAAACGAUGAAGGUCAAAAGAUCGUCACACAUCAUCUAGAUCCUGAUGAACCAAAAGAAAAGAGAAGAAAGUUUGUGGAAGUGAUGGAAGAUCAUUUGUUCGAUGUUGACCUUGAAUCGAUGGAAUUAUUUCCAGUCUUUUGGAAAGGUGUCUUGCUGCGUGUGGUAAGAGCGCAUUGGUUUUAUCUUACAAGUGAUGGAGGAUUUGCACCUAUUCCGUUCGAUGAAAAUCUCUCGAACGAUUUAGACCAAGCAUACGAUAAAGCAAAGCCAUGGGAUCGAGAUCAAUCGGAAAUGACAAAGAACACUUCAGAUGACGCAGAUUUAUUCGAUUUGCCUAGUAUGCCAAAGACAGGCAAGAUAAGGUUUGAAGGAGCUACCUCAGGCCGCAUAUUUACGCAGGACUUGAGUGGAAAGCUUCUCUCUGUUCUUGGAGGAUCAUUGGUCAUCCGCGGCUGGCAAGAAACGGCGGAUCGUUCGAAACAGUUGCGCAAUUCUAGCAUCUUCACAUCUUCCCUCUUGCCUUGGGCAGGUGGUCAAGAGCCAAACGAUAGAGAACGUGAAGAUGAAGACGGUGAAGAUGUUGAGAAUGAUACGCUUGGAACGAAAAGAGCAAAUAUGCGACAAGGUGCGGCAAAAGUUCCCAAUCGUCCCAAACAGCAAUCAGACGAAAAAGCUGAUCGGGAAGAAUCAGAAGAAGAAAAUCAAGGCUGGCUCGGAAAACUAUGGCCAAGUUCAGAUAGCUUGUCUCAGCCUAGAGUGAAAUUAUUGCAAGCUCUUGGCUGGGGCAAAGACGAUGCGAUCGAAGAAGGGCAGAGAUCAGCUAGACAACAGAAUACAGAAGAAGCUCUGCGAAAUGAAGGCAAAAAGGAUACAGAAGACGCACAAGGAGAAGAAAAGGAUGAGGAAGAUGGUGAAGAAGUGGCGGAGGAAGAACAGAUACGCGAAGAUAAAAAAGAUGAGCCACCAGAGCUCGUUCUCGCUAUUCAUGGAAUUGGACAAAAGCUCACGGAUGACUUUGAUGCGAUCGAUUUCGUGUACGAUAUCGAACGACUGCGCAACUUAACGAAAAAGCUGUCCAACGACAAAGCCGUUCAACGUAUCUCUCACGGAAAACGCGCGCAAUUCUUACCGAUCUGUUGGAGAAAGGAGCUCUCUUUUGAUGAUCAGGAAGCGCUGGAAGGUAAUGAUAAUGUAUAUGGGUUACGCGACGUAAGCAACGAUGCUACUAUCCCGAUGGUACGCAACAUCAUCUCUAAGGUCAUUUUGGAUGUGCCUUACUACCUAUCAAGACACAAAAAGACGAUGAUGGAAGCGGUGGUCCAAGAAUUGAAUCGUGUAUAUCGUUUGUUCGUCCGACGAAAUCCCGAUUUCGAGAAGAAAGGAGGCAGAGUUUCGUUGAUCUGUCAUUCUUUAGGCUCAGCAUUGGCCGCUGAUAUCCUCUCACAUCAACCAACAAAAGUGGCCUCGUUAUCAGAACAAACUUCAGAGGAAAAACACAGCUGCGAUCAUCUUGUGUUUAAUGUGAAGAAUUUGUUCUUUGUUGGAUCGCCCAAUGGAUUCUUCUUCCAUCUACAAGGCGCUCAAUUGAUCGCAAGAAAGGGCAAUGCACGAACGCAAGAUGUAGAAGAAGAUGCAGCACGAGAUGAAGUAGGAAGAUUUGGUUGUUUAGCGGCAGAAUCGAUUUAUAAUUGUUAUAAUGCAACCGAUCCCGUUGCUUUUCAACUUUCAGCAACGAUUGAUAGAGAUUAUGCAAGGAUGUUAAGACCGAUUUCGAUUCCUGAUGCUGUUCCGGCUUUAUUGGAUGCUUUAGCUCAACCAAGAUUAUCAUUGAGCAAAUAUUUUGCUGCAGCAAAACCGUUUGCCAAAAAUGCCAAAGGUGAAGCAGGUAAACAUCCAGGAACGGCAGUUUACAAAGAUAUGAAAUCAGGAGCACGAUCGCCACUACCCAAAGUAGAUCAAAAGAUGCAAAGAGCCAAUCCUCAAAGAAGUUCAUCAGUAGAAGAGAUUGGAAAACCUGUUCUAAUCGAAAGAGGAUCUGAGCAAAAAGUAGAGCAAAUCAAACUUAAAGCCAAAGGCUUAAAAGAUGAAUCUUUUGAUUUGGAAAAACUUCAAAGAGCAGAAAGAAGGUUCCGAGCAUUAAAUCCUCACGGUUGCAUAGAUUUCCUUUACGAUUCCGGAGGAGUGAAUCAAUAUCUUGACAUGCUUUCUGCCCAUGUUUCUUAUUGGACUAGUAAGUCUUUCGCAAUCUUUGUCUUGACACAACUCUUCUCCGAUUUCGAGUCGCAAAAGGAUCUACCAACGAUUGUGCCAAAAUUACAGACAGUAUUGCGAAACGAAGAGCAGACCGAUACAUCAGAGCAGGACAAAGAUGAUCGUGAAGGAUGAGAGUAUAAAACCUGUACAGAUACUUUAAUGAUACCUAAACAUCUCAUCACCCAUCACCACACACAAAGAUUUGAUAGAAGAAGAAUAAAAAAGUGUCCAAGGAUGCACAGCAUUGUGACCCUCCUUAGUAUACUUUUGCAAUGACAUUUUAAGCAACAAUAGGGGAAUAUUGGUGAGGAGUUGAUAAAAGAGGGCAUGAAGCAGAAGUUUGGAAAGGUUGGAUGGCGUAUGUGCAAAGAUGGCCAAAAGUGCUGCAGAAUAGUAUAAAAGGUGGAUUGGGGGAGAAAGACG